UAUGGUUUGAGAGGUUAGCUAGGGAGUGACGUUUGUUAGGGAGUGACGUUUGCAGUGCCGAACGAGGUUCAUUGAAGUCUUGGUUGAAGUAUAUUUUCGACCUAGAUUCAUUGAAGUCAGCAACUCCAGUGAGGCAGCGGGGAGACCAAAACACGCCUAAAUCCUUUGGCUCCCACCACAGCCUCCACACCUGUGUGUCCUGGGAACUGCAAGCCUUCCCUCACCAGAUGUAGUGGGGAGUUGUCGUUUCCAGCCUUGUACACGACCUUUCUGCUGUCUAGUAAAGUAACCCCACCAUGCGUGAAUACAAGCUAGUGGUGUUAGGGUCCGGAGGUGUCGGCAAAUCUGCACUGACAGUCCAAUUUGUACAAGGUAUUUUUGUGGAAAAAUAUGACCCCACAAUAGAAGACUCCUACAGAAAGCAAGUUGAAGUGGACGGGCAGCAAUGCAUGCUUGAAAUCCUUGACACAGCUGGAACAGAGCAGUUCACAGCAAUGAGGGACCUGUACAUGAAGAACGGUCAAGGCUUCGCUCUUGUAUACUCCAUCACUGCACAGUCCACGUUUAACGACCUACAGGACCUGAGGGAACAGAUCCUGAGAGUAAAGGACACUGAGGAUGUCCCCAUGAUCCUGGUAGGCAACAAGUGUGACCUGGAGGAUGAGCGUGUGGUGGGCAAAGAGCAGGGACAGAACCUGGCCAGACAGUGGAACAACUGUGCCUUUCUAGAGUCCUCCGCUAAAUCAAAGAUCAACGUUAAUGAGAUUUUCUAUGACCUGGUCAGACAGAUCAAUAGGAAAACGCCGAUAGAAAAGAAGAAAGCAAAGAAGAAGUCAAAUUGCACACUGCUCUAAAGUUCUUACUUGCAGCAGCUCUGAGCCAGGUGUGAUCCUGAACCUAUAUGUAUUAUGUUUUUUUACUGAGUCUAAUUUGAUCAUAAUCCCAUGAGUAUGUGCUUGCAUUGAUAUUUUUGCUUUCUAUCAGAAUAACCCACGUUCUUCACAGUCACGCAUUCCAUGUGCAAUUGCUCUCACAUGGAAUGUACUCUCCCCUACGUAUUCAUUUGGACAGUGAAGCUAAAACCUUUUAAUAUGGCUCUAUACUCCAGAAUUUCGGAUUUGAGUUCAAAUGUUUUAUUAGGCGAUAUUAAAGAAUGUCACCUGUUUAUUUGAGGGUAUUUUCAUCUGUUUUGCAGCUAUGAAAUUAAUGCACUUUGUUUCUAGUCCCCCCGCCCAUUUGAAAGUGUCAUAAGUAUUUGGACAAAGUCACUUGGUGUAUUACAUUUAGUCAAAAGUUUAGUAUUUGGGCCCAUAUUUCUAGCACGCAAUGACUACAUCAAGCUUGUGACUCAUUUUUUGGGGGGGUAUGAUAUUUGUCUCUAAUUUUCUCACUCAUCAUUCAUGAUGAUAUGUAAUCACAUUUGCAAUGCAGCCAUAUUACUGUAGAGGUGUUCAGAAACAUUCUAAUUUACAUUGACUCAAGAUGACAAUACAUUAUUUACCAUUCAUUUCUAUUGGGCACAACAUAAUCUGAAACACAACCAAAACAAACUGCAAAUGCAUCUGACAAGUUUGUAAAGUCACAAGCUUGAUUUAGUCAUUGCGUGUUAGCAAUAUGGGACCAAAUACUAAACUUUUGACUAUAUUUUAUACACUAUAAGUGAAUUUCAUGACACAAAAUGCUAACCUGCAAAUUAAAGGUGACAUUCUGUAUUGUUGCCACAUAAAACAUUUUCUCAAAUUCAAAAUACUGGCGUAUGGAGCAGAAAUUCAACGUUUUAGCUUCACUGUCCAAAUAAAUACGUAUAGGUGUGUAAAUCAAAGCACCUCUGGACUACCAUUCCUCUGUGUCUCUAUUACCUGUAGGAAACUGAAUUACACAACUGUUGCCCAUUUGGAAGGUGCCAGCAUUCCAAGUCCUUUCAGCAAAAUUUGGAGAAGUUUGACAAAGGCAGACAAGUAAUUAUCUUCCUCACCACUCUAAUAAUGGAGGAUUAUUCUUCU